AUGUCCUCAACUCGUGAUAUUUUCAUAGUCAUUGGUGGUAGCGGCUUCCUUGGUAGACAUAUCGUCCAAGCUCUCCUCGAGCGUGGGGAGUCAGUAGCCGUAUUUGAUAUCGUCCAAAGACAUGAUGAUGUCCAAUUCUACUCUGGCGACAUCAGUGACGAGGUUCAGGUUUCUGUGGCUUUACAGAAGAGCGGCGCAACGUGCAUCAUUCAUACUGCAUCACCACCUCAUGGCGUUGAAGACCCUGCUCUCUACUGGAAAGUUAACGUGGAGGGCACCAAAGCCAUUAUUGCAGCGGCCGUUGCCAACAAAAUCCCUAAGCUUGUAUACACCAGCUCGGCAGGCGUCGUAUUCAACGGCGAAGAUCUGAUUGACGUGGACGAACGCUUACCUCCCCCGGAGAAGCCUCUGGAUGCCUAUAAUGAGUCCAAGGCGAAGGCAGAGGAAAUAGUGUUAGCAGCCAAUGGGAAAGAUGGGCUUUUAACUGUUGCUCUGAGGCCGGCAGGAAUUUUUGGUCCAGGCGAUCGUCAAGCUGUUCCCGGAUUUGCCGCUGUACUCGCCGAAGGGAAGGCACACUUUCAAAUCGGUGAUAACAAGAACCUCUUCGACUGGACAUAUGUCGGCAACGUCGCCUACGCGCAUAUCCUUGCAGCCGAAAAAUUGGUUCCUCCAACUAAGUUGGAUGAGGAGAAACGGGAGGAACUGCUUGGUCGCGCUCUCCCAUCCCUCGAUCGUACCACGGGCAAACAUCGUAUCCCUACGUCGGAGGCCCGUCCUCUCGGUCCCUAUGUUGAGCGACCCGCAAACGGAGAUGCGCUCAUCGCCGCUUUCGAGUCGGAACCAGACGAUGACCGACCUGUUGUCCGCUCUCGUUUCGACCCUCUCUCCGACUCCUCGUUGGAACGGGAUGCAUAUAACUCACUACAGGUUGCUGGACAGGCCUUCUUCAUCACCAACGGCGAGCCAAUAUACUUCUGGGAUUUCCCGCGUGGUCUCUGGCGCAUGCUUGCACCUGACGUGUAUCCCUCGCGCAAAAAUCUCGUUCUCCCGAGAACGGUUGGGCUUGUGCUGGCGACGCUAUCGGAAUGGUGGGGUUGGGUGACCGGAAAGGAACCAACGUUCACGCGGUUCAGGGUCACGUUCACAUGUGCCAACAGAUGGCAUAACAUCGAGAAGGCUCGGAGAGUGCUGGGGUACGAGCCUCAGGUCGGGCUGGAAGAGGGCAUGAGGAGGACAGUGGAGUGGCUGAAGGCGGAGCAGUUAAAGUCAUCAUGAAUUAAAAGCGGCGUAUGCCGCAACGCGCCUUCAUGCUUGCACUUACGACAAUACCCCAUUUUUGUUGCUAUAAUAUCCUACAUCGGUGUAAAUAAUAGCCUAGCAGUGGACAGUUGGAGCUUUGAAAGCAGGAUUCCGUG